AUGAAUAAUAACAUCAGUAGUGUUAUCAGUAGUAACAGUGGUGCUGCUACCAGUGUAAACGGUCAUUUGAAUCGUUCAACGCAAAAUUCAACGACUGACGAUAAACCCGAUGUAGAUACGAUAAAAUUAUUUGCCGGACAGAUACCUCGUUCAUGGAACGAAGAUGACUGUCGUAAAUUUUUUGAAAAAUAUGGACGAGUUUUUACUAUAAAUAUUCUUCGAGAUAAAGCUACGCAAGUAAGUCGAGGUUGCUGUUUUGUAAAGUACUAUAGGCGUGCAGAUGCGACAAGAGCAGUGAAUGAGCUUCACGAUAUUGUUACUUUACCUUCGAUGCAUCAUCCAAUUCAAAUUAAGCCUGCUGAUGCUGAAAAUAGAAAUGAACGAAAAUUAUUUGUCGGAAUGAUAAGUAAGCAAAUGAACGAGGAAAAUAUCCGUUCAAUGUUCGAAAGUUUUGGUACAAUAGAAGAUUGUAGCGUGCUGAAAGACGUCGAAGGCAAGAGUAGAGGAUGUGCGUUUGUGACUUUUACUCAACGUUCAUAUGCUCAAGCAGCCAUCAAGCAAAUGCACGCUUCCCAGACAAUGGAGGGUUGCUCAAAGCCGAUUGUAGUAAAAUUUGCUGACACGCAAAGGGAGAAAGAAGCGAAAAAACGUAAAACACCACCGUCAAAUUCCCUACCGAAUUCAUCGACAACGUUAAAUCAAGGCGAACUUCAACAAGCGUUAAUUAAUUUAGCCACUUACGGUCUUUUCUCCUUGCAACCGCAGCCUGCUUUACUUAAUAUUCUCGCUGCAUUGAACUCUUCUUCUGUUGAUCUUUUGGCUAAUCAGAAUCAAACAAAUUUCGCAUUUUCGGAUUCUUCUUCUGAUUCAAAUAUUCAAGUAUCGCCUUCAGUUCUUACAGGUAUAGCACCAGCGAUAACACCAACAAACGAUCUUCGCAAUACUAUUCAUAGUAAUAAUUUAAUUCCACUGAUAAACAAUCCGUCCAAUGGGUUUGAUGUUCUGCAAACGACAUAUCCUAGUUUUUCAUACGCAAAUACUCAUUUUCAAAAUUUGCCAACAUCGUCACUUUUUACCGGUAAUAGUAAUCCGGUGCAACUUCUGAAUGGAAAUGGUAGCACUAGUCACGUUCUAAACAAUAAUAAUGCUGCUCAGUUUCUUGGUUCGAAUAAUGUAGCCGUGCAACUUCUUGGCGUCAAUAAUAAUGCUGUUCAAUUUCUCAACGUAAAUAAUAAUACAGGUGUAGCGAGUAGCACGCCUGGUCCAGAAGGAUGUAAUCUUUUCGUCUAUCAUCUUCCUCCAGAUUAUGAUGAGUCUGAUUUGGUAAGGCUGUUUUCGCCGCAUGGAAAAAUCAUAUCAACCAAAGUGUUCAGAAAUCCAGCAACGAAUUUAAGCAAAUGCUUUGGUUUCGUAAGCUAUGAUAAUAUCAAAUCUGCACGAAACGCAAUUGGUGCACUUAAUGGCCUCGUCGUUUCCUCAAAUAAACGGCUUAAAGUGCAGUAUAAGCGAAACGAUAAGCAAUAUGCAUAUAAAUGA